AAAGCUGUUGUUACAGUCUUGCAGAUCCAGAUGGCCACUCUCCUCUCCCUGUCGCCUCGCCUCUUCCUCCGCCGCCUCCUCCCAUCCAAAACCCUUUUCCUCCCAAGAACCUUCACGGUCAUCUCUCCAGCCAUGACCUCUCCUUCCCCUCCGCAUUUUCCCGUGAGGAUCCCUCCGCUGGAACUGGGAGCGUCGGGAUCGAGUGCCUCGUCCCAGUGCCACAGCGCCCUCUGCACACUGUCAAACCUUGGGAGCUCCGAUUCCUGCGACGCUGGCCUCGCCGCUGUUGCAGGCGCCUCGUUCCUCCCGCUCCACAGGUGUUCGAGAAAAAGGGGACGCUCGGCGUCCCCAGACGUCAUUCAGGUGUGCGCCGACGAGGGCGUGGGCUCGAAGGAAGGGCAUAAGGCGCCCGCCCAGAAAGGAGAUUCUGGGACUCAUGCCGAUAGGAAGACCAUAAAGAUCAUGACAUACAAUGUGUGGUUCAGGGAAGAUUUGGAACUGCAGAGAAGGAUGUAUGCUCUUGGAAAUCUUAUUCAGCACCACAGCCCAGAUCUUAUAUGCCUCCAGGAGGUUACACCAGACAUAUAUCUGCUUCUGCAAAAUUCUGACUGGUGGCGAGAAUACAAAUGCUCAUUGUCACGUGAGAUGGCUAUGGAGAGAGCAUAUUACUGCCUGCAGAUGAGCAAAUUGCCUGUGGCUUCUUUUGACUGCAUCCCAUUUUCUAACUCAAUAAUGGGAAGGGAGCUGUGCAUAGCAGAUGUCAACGAUGGUGGUGUGACCAUGGUGUUGGCUACAAGCCACCUAGAGAGCCCAUGCCCGGGGCCUCCUCGGUGGGAUCAGAUGUACAGCAAUGAACGAGUAGCUCAGGCAAAAGAAUCUCUCAAAAUCUUGGGGGUCCACCGCAAUGUAAUAUUUUGCGGGGAUAUGAACUGGGAUGACAAAGGAGAUGGACCCUUUCCUCUGCCAGAAGGCUGGGUUGAUGCUUGGGCUGAGCUGAAGCCAGGUGAAGAUGGCUGGACGUACGAUACAAAAGCUAACGCUAUGCUAUCAGGCAACAGCAAACUGCAGAAGAGGCUGGAUCGGUUCGUGUGCAAGUUGGCAGAUUUCAAGGUCGACAGCAUCGCGAUGAUUGGGAAGGAGGCUAUACCUGGUAUCUCAUACUUGAAGGUGAAGAAAGUCCGCGGGGUGGUUCGCGAGCUGGAACUACCUGUCCUACCCAGUGACCACUUUGGGCUUCUUUUGGAGAUUACCCAUCAGGCUGGAAGCACCUCGUCAGAGUGAUCCUGCGUUUACUCGAUCCCCGGGAUCAGGGGACGGAGGGUCGAUCCGUGAUCCCGGCAACCAUGGCUCGACAUCUGGGCAUCUUUUGUAUAGUAGCAUCGCAACUUGUGUGGGCCUCUUGUGUGUUUCAUGGAUGCUCAAGUAGUAUGUCUUAGGUAGAUGGAAAAUGCUAGGUCUGUGACCAUCCAAGUGCCCCCAAUUUUGUGAAGUUUGACAGAGGAGGCAUUCGUUUGUUAAGUCGCUGACAGAUAUUAUUCCCCUCUGGACUAGGUACGUUAUUUUGACCACUGAAAUUGUACAUUUGGAAUGCUUUGUGUCAACAGUCGAUUCUGCUCCGCUUGACUAUUUAUGUGGUCCAUCGCUUCAUGUUCUGUGAACAUCACGCAGUUAAGUUAAGCAUGAAGAUUCAGGGAAGUGUUACAAACAAGAAGUGUGAGGCAACGUGACAGGCGUCAUCUGAUCAGAAUGGUACUAGUUAGUCAUCAGUACAUCAGUUCUCCCUUGAUUUUAUAGCAGACUCAACACUGGUUCAAGCUUAAAACAAUUCUUGUGAAAACAAGGGUCAUCAGACGGUCAAGUGUUAAUUGUGUUCGUUCACACAGUCUGCUAAUCUACAAGCCAGACAGCCAGUGGUCCUGAUUUCUGCAUUCUGCUUCCCAUAAAUAUCUGGAGAUCUCAAUGUGCUUUUGCUGCGCGCGUUUGCGUCCGAGGAAUUAUAGACGUUUGUGGUCCAGCCUCAUCAACUUUCUCGCAGUCGCUCUCGCACCAGAUUCAGAUCGUUCAGAGUAAAUUAACUCCUGGUCGUCGACUUCGCAUAUACAAAUGUGUUGAUGGUAUGACUCUUAUUUGGAUAAUUUGUUGAUUUGAACAAAACAGAAAAUGAGAGAGGGACUCUCCGCGA